GAUGUGAACUCGAUUAUAUGUUUUUUUUUUAUGUGCCUUUAUUUAUAAUCUCGUCAACGUGGUUCUUUAUUUCAGUGAGAAUGCCACUAAAGCUUGACAUUAAGCGGAAACUGACCGCUAGGUCUGACCGUGUAAAGUCAUGUGACCUCCACCCCACUGAGCAGUGGAUGCUGGUCUCCCUGUACAACGGGAAUGUGCAUAUAUGGAACUAUGAGUCCCAGCAACUCGUUAAAUCGUUUGAAGUUUGUGAUCUACCGGUGAGAGCUGCUGUAUUUGUUCCCAGGAAGAACUGGGUUGUGACUGGAUCCGACGAUAUGCAGAUCCGUGUGUUUAACUACAAUACACUUGAGAGAGUUCACAACUAUGAUGCACACAGUGAUUAUGUGAGAGCUAUUGCUGUUCAUCCAACCCAACCUUUCCUUCUCACUAGCAGUGACGACAUGCUGAUAAAACUGUGGAACUGGGAGAAGGGAUGGCUGUGCCAGCAGGUGUUUGAGGGACACACCCACUACGUGAUGGAGGUGAGGAUCAACCCUAAGGAUAACAACACCUUCGCCUCCGCCUCCCUGGAUAAGACUGUGAAGGUCUGGCAGCUGGGUUCUGCUACUCCUAACUUUACCCUCGAGGGACACGAGAAGGGAGUUAACUGUGUUGAUUACUAUCACGGAGGAGAUAAACCUUAUCUUAUCUCUGGAGCAGACGAUCGUCUUGUUAAGAUAUGGGAUUACCAAAAUAAAACCUGUGUCCAGACCCUGGAAGGGCAUGCACAGAACAUUGCCGCAGUGUCCUUCCAUCCUGAGCUGCCGAUCAUCAUCACCGGUUCCGAGGAUGGAACUGUUAAGAUCUGGCAUGCGAAUACGUAUAGACUGGAAACCACAUUGAACUACGGGCUGGAGAGAGUUUGGUCGAUCGGUGUACUGCGAGGAUCCAAUAAUGUUGCUCUGGGUUAUGAUGAAGGAGCAAUCCUGAUCAAGGUUGGUAGAGAGGAACCAGCAAUGUCUAUGGAUGCUGGUGGGAAGAUUAUCUGGGCUAAACACAGUGAACUCCAGCAGGCCAGCCUCAAGGCUAUAGACAGGGAGGAGAUUAAGGACGGAGAGAGGUUACCACUCCAGGUUAAGGAUAUGGGAAGCUGUGAGGUAUUUCCUCAGACUGUUCAACACAACCCUAAUGGAAGGUUUGUUGUUGUGUGCGGAGACGGAGAAUAUAUCAUCUACACCGCCAUGGCACUGAGAAACAAAUCCUUUGGUUCAGCUCAGGAGUUUGUCUGGUCGGCAGACUCAUCGGAGUACGCAGUCAGGGAGUCAUCAUCCAGUAUUAAACUAUUCAAAAACUUCAAGGAGAAGAAAUCCUUUAAACCAGAGUUCGGAGCGGAGAAUAUAUUCGGAGGAAAUCUGAUCGGAGUAAAAUCUGUUUCUGGUUUGGCGUUCUAUGAUUGGGAAAACCAGGAUCUGGUGAGAAGGAUUGAGAUCCAACCUAAGGCAGUUUACUGGUCCGAGAGCGGAGAACUCUGCUGUAUUGCAACCGAGGAGAGUUAUUUUAUUCUCAAGUUUAACAACGAAGCAGUCGGAGCUGCAGCUGAAAAUAAGGAUAAGAUCUCUGAGGAUGGAAUCGAGGACGCGUUUGAUGUGUUGGGCGAGGUCACGGAGUCUGUUAAGACUGGUCUCUGGGUUGGAGAUUGCUUUAUCUACACAAACAGUGUGAAUAGAUUAAACUAUUAUGUUGGAGGAGAGAUCGUAACAAUCUCACAUCUGGACAGGACGAUGUACUUGUUGGGGUAUAUACCUACAGACAGUAGGUUGUAUCUUGGAGACAAGGAACUGAAUGUUGUCAGCUUCCAGCUUCUCCUCUCCGUCCUGGAGUACCAGACUGCUGUCAUGAGACGAGAUUUCGAAACUGCUGAUAAGGUGUUACCGACAGUUCCCAAAGAGCAGAGAACCCGUGUUGCACAUUUCCUUGAGAAACAAGGGUUUAAGAAACAAGCUCUGGCAGUCAGCUCCGAUCCGGAGCAUAAGUUCGACCUUGCAAUCCAGCUCGGAGAUCUAGAGGUGGCAACAUCUCUAGCGAAGGAGGCAGGAUCAGAGCAGAAGUGGAAACAGUUGGCAGAGCUGGCAACAAGCCGAGCAAAGUUUGAUCUAGCGCAACAAUGUUUACACGAAGCUCAGGAUCACGGAGGUUUACUCCUCCUGGCAACUGCAGCUGGGAACGCAGAGAUGGUUGAGAAACUAGGUUCGUCCUCUGAAGAGAGUGGGAAGCAUAACGUUUCCUUCCUCUCCUACUUCCUGCUGGGAAACCUAGAGAAAUGUUUAGAGAUUCUAAUUUCAGCAAAUAGAAUACCGGAGGCUGCUUUCUUUUCCAGAACCUAUCUACCGAGUCAAGUAUCCAGAGUAGUUGAACUGUGGAGGGUUCAGCUCGGCAAGGUAUCGGAGAAAGCAGGACAAAGUUUAGCAGAUCCUAAGGAUUAUCCGAACCUGUUCCCUGAGUUCGAUGCUGCAAUUAGAGCAGAAACUAUGCUGAAGAAGGAGAGAUCUCAGUUUAUCCCAGCAGCAGAUUAUCUAGAAAUUAUGCCAAAUCAUGAGCGUAAACCUCUUGAAGAGCUGAAUGCUGGAGCAGAGGUUGAUGACGAUGAUAUUAUGGAUGAAAAAGAUCAUCCUGUCAUGGUUAAUCGGAAGAGUUUGGUCGUUGAAAACAUAGAAGCGGAACCAGAUUGGGAAAUGGAAGACGAUAUUCUUAGCUCGGUUUCAAACGAGGAUUUAGAGAAUAAUUCUGAAAACGAAAUAUCCGAGAAUAAUUUAGAAGAUAAUGAUGGGAAUGAUGAGGGUGAACCUUCCAAACCCUCUGCUCCUGUUCCAGUCCAGGUUCAAUCAGCUGAUGAUCUUGAAGCUGAACUUGAAGCAGACCUGGAGAAUAUUAAGUUGGAUGAUAUUGAUACAUCCGACGUGAACCUUGAUGAUGAAGACUUAUUGGAGGAUUAGAACCGGAGGAGAUUUGUAAAAAAGUCUUGCAUUUCCAUACACGGCUCACCAGUGAUAGUUUAUAUGUUUUAUUUAUAUUUGGUUUGAAUUGUGAUGAGAUAUUUUAAUGUAUUCGUUUGAUAAUAUAUUUU